CCACACCCCACACCCACACCCACACCCACACACCCACACCCACACCCACACCCACACCCUCUCAUCCUCAAUCACACAUCCCAUCAUCAAGUUCUUUUAGUCUUGUACUACACCAAAGUUAUUAUUAAUGUUCAAUGCGCAGUUUGUCGACUAUUUCGAUCGGCGAAUGCGUCAAAACGACUUCUAAAUUGUUCACCGAUAUUGUUAUUGUGUAAAUACAGUCCAGUGACUUUCUAUAUGAAAAAGUGAAGAUGAAGAUAUGAGAGCGAUGAAGUGAAAAUGAGGAUCACCAUGUUAUUCUCUAAUGCCUCAGCUAGAUAUUGUGCUCCUUUGUCUGUGAUUUGAUUUUCAGAGAGAUAUAAUGUAGUAAGUGCCUUUGUGAAGAAAAAACAUGGAAAUACGAAACAGCUGAAGAUAAAAUGGGACUUACCUGAUUAUUUUUUAAUGCCUUAGCUAGGUGUUGUGCUCCUUCGUCUCCAAUUUGAUUUUCACAAAUAUCUAAUGUGUUAAGUGUCUGUAUGUAAAAGUACAUAUGAGUAUAUUAGAGAGAUUAUGAGACAAAAAAAGUUACCGUGUUUGUGUGUAAUGCAUCAGCCAGAUAUUGUACUCCAUUAGGUCCGACUUGACUCUUCGUCAGAAUGAGUUUUGUGAGUGCCUAUAUGAAAAGGUAUUUUCUAAGACAAAUAAAGAAAGAAUGAAGAUCACCGUGUUAGUUUUUAAUGCAUCAGCUAAAUAUUGUGCUCCGCGAUCUGUGAUCUUAUUACCUUGCAGAUCAAGCGUAGCAAGUGUCUAUGUGAAAAAGGAUCGAUAGAUACAUGAGAAAGAUGAACAAAAAAGCUGUUUCACCGUAUUAUUUCGUAAUGCAUCAGCUAAAAAUUGAACGCCAACAUCGUCGAUUCCAUUGUCCCAGAGAUCGAGUGUUCUGAGUGUCUUUGUAAAAAAAAUUAGUCAUGAGCAUAUGAAAGGAAUUAAUAGACAAUGAGAGUCACCGUAUUAUUUUGUAACACAGAAGCAAUACUUUUUGCUCCUUCGUUUCCGAUUUUAUUUCUACCCAGAUGGAGUGUCUGUAUUCCCUGUGUGAGGAAAAAAUUAGAUGAAAACAUGCAAACUAGAACAGAAAGAAUGAAAAUUACUGUGUUAUGACGUAAUGCAUCAGCUAGAUGAUUUGUCCCUACAGGUCCAAUAUCAUUUUUAGACAGAUGUAGUGUGACGAGUGUCUGUAUGAAAGACCAGAGAUAGAAAUUAUAAGAGACAUCAACAAGAAAUGAGAGUUACCUUGUUGAUUCUUAAUGCAUUAGCAAGAUAGUGUACUCCUGCGUCUUGAAUUCCAUUUUCACGGAGGUCUAGCAAUUUGAUUGUCUGUGUGAAAACAGUGGGAAUAGAUUUAUGAAAGAGAGGAAGAUAUUUACCGUAUUAUUGAUUAAUUCAUUAGCCACUUUUUGUGCUUCAGCAGGUCCAAUAUUUUCUCUACAGAAACUUAGCGUUGUGAUUGCCUAUUAGAAAAUAAAUAUACACCGAUAUUUUAUGAUGAAUAGGAAAAGAAAAACAAAGCAGUCAAUUUUUUGUUGACAGAUGUCUAGACAAGAAAAAGCAUUUUUUCGGGAACAGAAAUGUUUGUACAAAAAAGUGGAUGAAUAUCGGAGUGUAAUUGUAAAGGUGAUGGUUAUUUUUUGAAAAAAAAAGGAUUUUUCUUUUUAUCAGCAUCUAUUAAGCCCAAGUUUACAAAUAGGGUUCUUAAUUUAAGUAUGAUAUCAAUAGGAAUUUUCAAAAAACUUUAAAUGAUAAGGCUCCGUCCAAUAUGUGCUCGAUAAUCGACGCUGUAGUUCUUUUUUAAUUGACUACUUAAUUUCGUAAAAGUAAUUCGACAUCGGUAUCCAUAUAAAUAAAAUGUUUAGUGAAAUGCGAAUAAAAAUUCCAUAGAUUAAAGUUGGAAAAUUUUUAAAAAGAAAUGUUAUAGUUUUCAAGAAGACGUAUUAAUAGAAAUACAAAGAAAAAUACCAAAACCAGUAUCUUGAAAUUAUUCAGAGAUAUUCAUUGGCGGGCAAAUUAUGUGUUCCAUAUUACGGAUGAAAACAAUUAUAGAAAAUGAAUACUCAUAAAAUUGUCAUUUAUAUAUCACUUAGAAGCUUAUUUAAAGAUAGAUCGCAAAAAUAAAACCGAAAAAUCUACAUAAAAUAAGGAACUUCAAAGAAUCGAAUGAUUAUAAAUCGGAAAGAAAACAAUCUUUCUCACAUUUUAUUUUGUAUUUCUAUGAUAGUCAUUUAUCAACACAACAAAAGAUCUAUCUCAUGUUUUCGGGAACAUAAACUAUUCUGUAACAUAUAUCAAAGUAGGUGAACUGUUUGAAAGACGAAAAAGAAUACACACAAUCUGGCAAACAGUGGAUUAUUUUAUUGAUGUUAAGUGCAGAUCCAUAUGAACAAAGGUACUACAGCAAGGUAUACAUAUUAUGGCUAUUAUUCAUUUCAUCUACCACUAAAAUGGAUGUCGUCCAACCUCUUAUACAAACACAACAUGCAUUAUAGACACAUAUGAACAAAAGAAACUAUGGACAUAGAUAGAAAUGUUCGAUUGAUUAUUUUGCAAAACUUAUAUUUGCUUAAUCUGUGAAACUCCUUUUCGUGUAAGAAAACUGAUGAACAAGAUAACUUCUUAAUGUAAAUCAAUUAUUACAUUAAUUAACUAAUUAAUAUACAGGGUGUUCCAAAAGUCCGGACGAAAAAGAAAAUUCCAUAUCUCCACCGCUCUUUCACCAAAUGAGCUUAUUUUUUCCCUGUUGGUGAAGGAUAGUUUAAAGUUUUGUUUCAUAAGAAAACCGUUAACAGAUACUGCUCUGAACUAUCACUUUUGAUUUCAAUAUUGAAAUGUACCUAUUUUCGAUUUUUAAAAGAGCCACUUUCGCUAAAGAUUUACCGAGAUGAUUAAAUGAUUUUGAGGCCAUAUUUUCUCCAGUGGUAGGGAACCACUAGACUAUAACAACUACCAAAGGGCUCAUGCUAUUGUUCGACUUUCGCCAGGAUAUAGAAUUCUUACUAACUUAUUCCCUCUAUGACCCCAACUUUUAUGGAAUAAAAUUAUGGUCUCGAAUUUUGAUCUGAAUCUUUGCCCAUAUUGAGGUUUCAGUUAGACUAGCUUGUGUGCAAAAUUUCCGAAUCUUUCGAUGUAGUCUUCCUGAGAUAUGAGUUUUUAAAAAAUUUAGGUGUUUUUUCAUCGACAUUCUGCAAACAAUGGAUAUUUUGAAAAAUUCAUAUCUCGGAAAGACUAGAUCAAAAAAUUCAGAAAUUUUUCACACAAGCUAGUCUAACUGAGGCCUCAAUGUGGACAAAAUUUCAGGUCAAAAUGAAUCGUCUUGGAGACUCUCCAGCGAAAGUCGUGUUUUAAAAAUCGAAAACAGGUACAUUUCGAUAUUGAAGUCAAAAGUGAUAGCUCAGAGCAGUAUCUGUUAACGGUUUUCUUAUGAAACAAAACUUUAAACUAUCCUUUGCCAACAGGGAAAAAAUAAGCUAAUUUGGUGAAAGAGUGGUGGAGAUAUGGAAUUUUCUUUUUCGUCCGGACUUUUGGAACACCCUGUAUAACUACAAUGAUUUCAAAAUGGUGUUAAAAGUUUUUGUCAUUAUCUAUAUCUCUUUAAACGUUUCUUAGAAUAUGGUUUAGUUUUCUUUUGAUAACUCUUCUUUUUAAUUAAUGUUUAGACUUUUGAAAUUCAUACUGUUUAACUUGCUUAGAUUAUCAUUUGUUACAUGAAGAAUAAUCAGUGAUGAAUAUAUUCAUUUUGUUCAAGAAAAUAUAUCUAAAUCGACAGUAUUUUGUUUUAUUUCUAGGAUAUAGGUACAUCUAAUAAUUCUCGAAAACUUAAUAGUUGAUAUAUGUAAAUAAAUGGAUUUUCUGAUAGAGUAUAGAUAUUGAAUAUAUAUUUUUUUCAUUCUGUCGACUUUGGUACUGUAAUUGAUGAAUAAAAGAUUUUUGAAAACAUGUUGAUGUUUAUAUAUUUAUUCAAAUGAGCAAGAUAUUGAUGUUAAUAAUUUUCAAAAGUCAGCAUAUAUUUCAUCACAAAUGUAUCUUAUAAUUAUGAUAUUGAAUCAUAAAGAAUGACUGUAAGCAUCUAUGACAUAGAAAGCUAACUUAGUUUUCUAAAUAUUUAAAUCAAUGAUCUAUGAAAGAUAACUAUUCUUGAUAAAUUUUCGACUGAUUAUUGAGAAUACAGCAAAAGAAAAAAGAACAAGCCCAGAAAAAAAAUUAAUCUUUUUUCUAUUUACAGUGUUUAAUAUGUCUUUAUAAUGUGUACUUUUGUCGAAGUCAAUAAUCUCAGUUCGUCAACAAAAUUUAGUUGUUAAUAAGUAUUUUUGUUCUAGAACUAAUUCAUGCAUUUCAAAUGCAGAUGAAUUUUCAUGUUAAUUGUGACAUGUUUUAAUUAGAUCAAGUCUUCCACUAUUAAUAUUAUCCUCAAACAAUUACUAUUCUAACAUCAAAAAGCAAAAUACAAAAAAAGAGAUGAUAAUGGGAAAUUUUACCUGAUAGCGAUGAUAAGUAUUAAUAAUUGCGUUUAAUCUUUCGCAAACAUUGCGAGCGGAGAAUAUUAUUGUAUAUUCAUCAAGGUUGUCCAAAAUACGAUAAACAAUGCCAUCAGGUAAUGUAAUAAGAGUUGCAGGAGUUUUAUCACACAUAACUAAUGCUUGCUUUCGAGUCGUAUGCUUCUUGAGAAUGAAUGCUUGCUAAAAAUCUGUUUUUUUUUCUGUAUAUUAUUCUGUUUGUUGACGAUAUUUCAUCAAACUACGAUAUGAUUGUGCAAUUAUUUGCUUUCGUAGAAAACAAAAAAUGAAGCCUGUUUUGUUAAAGUAAUUACACAUGGACCUUCCUUUUUUUCAUCUACUUAUCGUUAUACAUUCUUUAGUGCGUGCUUCCUCAAUACAUGCGAAGCUUCAUGCUCACGGUUUUUCUCUCUGUAUCAUUUUGGCUUUCGAGAUAAGAGCACGUAAAAGUAGAUAUUAAAAAAAAGCAUACGUUCGUGUGCAGAAGAGAAUACGUAGACGAAACAAAGAAGCAAAUGCAUUGGUUAAAAUAUCAAUACUAGAGUUCUGCGGGACAGUGUCGAUUCGCGAAAAAUCGAUUUACCACGAAAAUUUUUGAAGAUGGGACAAUCAGGAUCAGAAAAUUAUUAAGUAAAAAGUAAUAUCCCAAAUCGUUCUCUUCAUUAUGUAAGUAGGUAUUUUUCACCUGAAUCUUCUUCUAUCUAACAAUCAUCUUACUAUUCAAACGUAAAGCAGGAAAAAGACAGAUAGCUAGGCUUCCAUUUGAACAGGGAUGUGGAUGUGCAUCUUUUUUUUAGCCUUAAUCACAUCUACGCCCUAAUCGGAACGAAAUCUUUACCCAAUGAACUGGAUGUAACUAAGAAGAAUUUAUUUGUUUUUAGUUUUCAAAUUAUUGAUAAACUUCAGACAUUCUUUUUCAUUUGUAAAAAACAAGAAAGGAAUUCAUCAAGCGACGAAGUUGAUAGAUCGAGUAUUGAUCAUCUAGUUCAUCGUUAUGAAUAAAUUUAUCUAACUAUAUUAAUAUAUCACCAUCAUAGGAUAUUGAAAUGUUUUUAGAAUUUUUAAAUUUAUUGAUAUUGCAAUCUAUGAAUAAAGAUGAAACAAUAUCGAUGUUGUCAUUCAUACACUCCUCUUUCAGAUAUAUUAUUACUUUUUUCUCUCUUUGAAUAUUUACACAAUGAAACUGCCUAUAUUAAUGAUCGUAAGUUGUUGACGAACACCUUACUUAAAAUGAGCAGUUUUCUCUUUUCUUCUAUUUCUGUGACUCCAAAAGUUUAUUCAUUGGCUGUCUUAGAUGCAUUUUCGUGCAUAAGAGAAACCGUCUCACGCUUUUUAUUUGAGUGUCUUAUGAAAAAAAACACGAAAAAGAAGGCUAAAGCAUUGUAUGCUUGAUAAAAUGCGUAGAUAAGUAUAUUUUUGAGAGUUUUUUUUGCAUCUAAGGAAGUUAGUCAAUAAAAAAAAUGUAAUGCAAAAAUAGCAGGACUUAACGAAAUAUUAUAUUUGCAACUGGGUUUUUGUUUCAAAGGUUAAAACAUUAAGGUAAAUAAAUGUUUUUAUCAAACGAGCAAUUCAGCAGUGAAAGAAGAGCAGCCCAUUGGCAAUUUUCAGAAGCGAAUGUGAAUUCGCACCCUGUAUUCACACCCACACCCUAACAAUAACGCCGUUCUACUGAUGACAACACCUAGUAUAGGUCGAAAGCUCUAGUGGUAUUCAAACUAAUUAAUUUCUUGUAUUUGACUAGAUGAUUUACCAUAGAACAAAAUAAAAAUAAAAGUUUUCAUUAAUUCAUUAUUUCGUCUUAUUCUAUCAUGAUAAUUUAUAUUCGUAUACUCUUAAGAAUUGAGAAGUAAUAACUCAUUUAACGCAAAAUGAUACUUAUCUUGGUUUUAUUAAAUGAUUGUCACUUAUUUCUAAUAUUUUUCUUCUUCGAAUACUUAUAUAUAACAGUUAUCGUUUGUCAGUGGUACACGUUCAUGGAUUGUUUUUAUUUGGGUAGUUAUAAGAGAAAUAGCUUUCGAUUUAUAAACUAAAUAUUUACUAGAAAUGUUACUUGUCUAAUAGAACUUAUUGACCAAGGUUUUUUGUUAAAGAAAAUCUAUACAUCAUAUUAAGAAUGCAAUAAAUGACUGAAAAGUCGACAAAAAGAAAGAAAAUGGUACUGUUUAUAAUAAAUUAAGGCAAGAUGAUAACAGUGAAUAAGUUUCAUUAACCAAAAAUAUCAGGAAUACCUUUUCUGCUUAACAUCAUUAUCAUCUAUAUGAAAUUCAUAAAUUUGAAAAUUCUUUGUCACCUAUCGUAAGCAGAUUAACGUUAAUUCGCAACUAAAGAAUUGUAACUUCAAUUGAUUAUUCUAAACCCAUGAUAGAACUAUUAUACAUCUACUAUUAAUUAAAGCUUAAUUUUGCCAUCAAGAAGAAAAAAACACAUGUAAAAUAAAAUAAAAAAAUGAUGAUUAUCUAAUCAUCAAAUAAAUUCUUAUUCAAAUAGUUUUAUUUUAAUAUUAAUCUUUAUUUUUAUUUUUAUUUUUAUUUAGAGUCUAUGUUCAUUUGGGUUCAUUUCAAGCAUUUGAUAUAGCUACAGAUUUAAAACAAUCAAAACUUUCCAAUGAUAGUCAUUUUUUACUUACUCAAUCUAUUUCUCAAUUAACAUCAUCAUCUAGUCAACAAAAAUUAUUUAAAGUGAAAUUUGAAACAAACUCAAUUAGAUCAAUCCUCGGAUUACCAUGUUAA